CCCCUCAUGUGUCAAUGAGUAGUCAGUCCUCGUCACUCACCAAGGAUAGUGGGGUGCAGUCUAUGGAGAAUGUCUCACCUUAUAACAGAUUAACUCAUCAUGGAUCUAGUGAGAAAGAUGUGCCGAGAGCAGUGCAUGACAGUGUGACUGGUGGUCAGUGGCACAGUAGCCCAAUACGUCAACAGAAAGCUCCAAGUCACAGUUACACACUCCCUAAUGGUUACCGUAGAGAUCGACGGGCAUCCUUCCCCGGAUUCAGCCUUAUCGAAAAUCAGAGGGCUGGGGCUAGGGAGGCCAUGGCCCAGUCUAGUCCGAGGAUGCCCCAAAAGCACCGAGCGCAUAUGGCAAGGCGCGGAAGCUAUGAUCAGAGGAUGCUGACUGAGACUAACCAGGGAAUAUCGAGGGACAUCCCAGGCAUGAUGUACAUCCCGGAGCAAGCCAGCGACGAGGCAGAAUCCCUGUACAGGACCCGCGAUCUCAACAAGCAUAGGAGGAAUUCCAGAUUGCAGAAUGACCUUCCAGAACUGCCAAGGUAUGGAAUUUAUGGUGAAGAUGACGACAGCGAAGAGAUCGGAUAUGAACCAUCCUCCCCUUCCAGUGCACUGCCUAGAGCUACACAAACAGGGGUAAUCCAACACCAGCAGAGUCCUAGACACAGGAGACAGUUUGAUACACCUCUAUCCAGCUCCACAUCUUCUAGGACCUCAACACCAAGAGAUUAUGUCUAUCACACCGAGGCUGCAGGAUCUAACAUCAUGUUUGAAGAAACUGACAUUCAUCAGUAUCAACAACUGAGGAAUCGACAGCGAAGUGCGUCCGGCUCAAACAAGGUUCUCCGUGUCAGGGAUUUGAGCUCAGAACCGAGGGGAGGGAGUACGCUGCAACUUCAGCACAGCAGCAGCAGUUCCGAACAUCGAAAACGCUCCCACUCUAUCCCUCACCUGAGCCGGGUCAGGAUGCCCGAGUCGGCAAAACCUGGAAUCCUGAAAGAUGUGUGGAACGAAAGAAAACAAGUAAACGGGUCGGCGGAAAAGAUAUCAACGCCGAGAACAACUAAGAAAAAUAAUCUGAACAAAAGUCCAGGGGCCGGGGCUACUCCAGUCAGCAAGUCUGCCAAGAAGUCCAAUUUCUUAACAGGGUCCCUGAGAAAUAUUUUCUUUGGAAAGAGCUCUGGCCGUAGUCGGAAGCGAGGCAGUCAAGUGGUUGAACUUGAUGGAGCCCCAAGCCAAUCGGCUGUGAACAGCAGCACAGAUGAAUUGGCAGCAUCAUCACGGCUGAAGGCAGACACAUACCACGAUGAGGACGGGCAACCUUGCAGUGAUGUCUAGACUAAAGCUCACAAGAGUCAGAAAUGCUUUUGAAGACCAUGUAUAGUGGAAAGUACAAAUCCAAGUGGUUUGUGGAUAUAACUUCUGAAGUGAAUAACGUUUAAACAGGCGCUCAGUUGUGAGAAGAGGUGUUAACUUUUGGAUCACUAUCUAUGCCUUGUCAUCAAUUCACCCCAGUCAAGUUCAGCCAAAUUAGUGGGUGUCUGAACACAUGGAGAGCAUACUAAAUCCUUUUAGCAUUCAGCACAUUUUGGCACAAGUUUGUGGCUUGAAUAGACUGUUACCAACUGACAUGUAGUUCCAAUUCAUUAGCAAGCUUUCCUACAAUUGAGUCAAGAAGUGCAGUUUCUAGCUAAAUCUAAAUCGUGUCUCUUGUGGUAUGGUCAUUGUAUGCAAAAGAAAAGUGGAUUUUUGCAAGCUGAACACUAAAUUAUUUGGUUUUGAUCAGACUAAGCACAUUUGAAAUGCAUUAUAUUUAAUAAUGAAUGCUACAGUAUUUAUUGAAAGGGUAUUUUGAUGAUGCAAGUUGGUCACACUUUUUAGAGAGAAUUUAAAAUUCAGGUCCCCUUUAUCGGUCCAUGGAAACAGCCAUGAGUUAUAAACACUGAUUUUGUUUACAAGAAAUAUUGUCCCAAAUAAGUGUUCCAAUUGUUGCUAUGACGCCUGUUAAAAAGAAGUUGUUGUCCACAGUGGAGAAGAGUUUGGAGAGGCAUAAAAAUGGACAUGUGCAAUAAAGUCAAGAUCGUUAUGACGAUGGGCAAGUGGAAAUUGCUUUGAAGGUUAUCAACUUUCUCAUUUACAGAUUUUGAUUUUGCUUCUUUGUAGUAUCAAAACUUAUGUCAACUGCAUUUUGUUGGCGCAGUCAGUCU